GUGUCUUCCGGUACGUCCCGAAGCAGGGCGGCAGUAACGUUAAAACUAACAAGCCAUUUAAAGAUAAUUACGAAAAGCGUUUCACAACUUGUGUUAAUUAAAUGUAAUUUUUAGUUUUAAAAAAAUGAGUCACUAUUAUGUACGUGACUAAAGGAGGAGGGGUUGACACCGCCCGGGCUAACAACGCGGUGAUCAUUAACGAGCGCUUCUUUCCUCCCAACCGUCUCCGGAAGAAAUUCGCCCCGCAGGACUCCUCCGACCGGCCAUUUGUGUACAUGCACCCCUGAAUAAAGCGGAAGUCGGCGCCGACAUGGAGAACAGCGGCUUCCAGAGCCAGCUGCUGUCCGUCAUGGAGGUCCUGGCCAAGGCGGCCGUGGCGGAGAUCCACCGGACUGUGGACGACAGCUGCGCGGUGCUGCGGCUGGAGGUGAGCCAGAGCCGGAGGGACAUCGACCUGCUGCGGAGGAAGUGCGAGGGCAUGGAGGCCGAGCUGAGGAGGACCCGGAGGAGAGCCAGGAGGAAAGGGUUUUAUCCUCCUGCAGCCGAGAGGUUCUCCCCUUUAGUCAAAGUGGUGCUGAACAGAGGGAGCCGGAGCUCAGGUUGGGAUGCCGAGGCUCAAAGUCAACCCCAGCAGGUUGCCGACGUGGAGCCGGCUGACGAAGCUGAACACAUUCUGAUCAAAGAGGAGUUCGCAGACGAGGAGAAACUGAUCUCCGGAGCCGAGCAGCCGCCGUGUUUCGCCUCCCAGGCCGACGGCUUCGCGGAGCGCUACCUCUCCGCCGAGAGCGCGGCCGACCCCGGGGGCCCUGUUUCCCCGCCGGAUGGCUACGCCGCUUUCCCCGGGCGCCGAAACGAGGCGCCCGUCUUUCUCGUGAAGCGCGAGGACGACGAAGAGCCCGACGAGAACGCCGCCCCGGAACUGUUCGCGAUGGAGGACGGCGACCGGCCGCCGUGGUCGUCCGACCCGUGCGGGGACGCCGUCGAUCCGAGCUUCCCGUGCGCCGAGCAUCAGUUCGAGCCGAUCCCCUUCGGGUUCCCGUCUCAGAGCGGAUCGCAUUUGGAGGACGGCGGGCCUCGGAUGCACUCGGCGGGGAAAUCGCAUUCGGCGAGCGCGGCGGCGGCGCGAGCGAAGAGGCGAGCCAGAGCGCUGGGAUGCAAGAGGUCGCAGCCGGACGACGGACACGGCGCGUUGUCUCAGAUCAACGCCGUGGAUGGAGGCCCGAUUCCUCAACCGUCACUGCAGCUUCAGUACAGAGACCCGAAUGAGGAAAACCCGGCGGCCUCUUCUUUCUGCGGGCACAACCGCGGCGGCGGCGGCGGCUUCGGCCUGGCGAGGAGGAUGCGGACGCCCUGGAGGUCCGGCGUGGGCGAGAAGAGGUUCAACUGCACGUUCUGCGACAAAGGCUUCGUGAGGUUCAGCCAGCUCAAGGAGCACCUGAGGAGCCACACGGGGGAGAAACCCUUCAGCUGCCUGCAGUGCGGCCGCAGCUUCACCAAACAGUGCAACCUCAUCCGGCACGCGGUGGUGCACAGCGGGGAGAAGCCCUACGAGUGCUCGCUGUGCGGGAAGUGCUUCACGCAGCGCUCCAGCCUCAAGUCGCACCAGAAAACGGCGCACUGAGUUCAAAGGGUUUCUUUUUUUUUUUUUAAAGAACAUUUUAUACAUCCGACUGAUUCAAUUGUUUGGUUUUUUAACGGUUACAUGUUAUAUUUAAUUCAAAGAGACUGGAAUCUUAAUACUGUGUCAUGUAGCUUGUGGUUGCGAAGUUCAACUGCACGCACGUGUACUUUUUUUUUAUCUUCCGCUCUCGGCUAGUUUGUCGGUGAAGUCUUCAAACGGUCGACAACGGACACAAACGUGUGAAACUGGAGGGGAAAAUACAUGAAAACUUUGUAAAACGCAGUAAAUUAGUCGGUAUAUCCCUUUUAAAAUGUGUAUCUUCUUGUUUUUAAACUGCUUCAUGCGAGUUAAACAAACACCUUUUCUUUGGUCAUAAUAACACUGUUCAUAUUUUUAUUUCUAAAACAUUUAUUGUGUAUUAAUAUCUUUUGAAAAGCAGUCACCUU